AUGCCUGCGCGGGCGAGGUCCUCGUCAGCCUCGUCAGCCUCGUCAACUGACAGCUCGACGACGGCGGAAAAGCCAGUCAAGGCAAAUGGCGUCAAGUCCACUUCAGACGCCAUCAAUGGCAACGGCGUCAAGGAGGGCGAUGCAGCGAAGUCAGAGGAGCCAGAGGAGCCAGAGGAGCCAGAGGAUCCGUGCGACCCAGGCAUGAAGACAGGCGUCAAAGACCUUUAUUCCGGCAAGGAAGACAAGAAGGGUCGAUACCAAUGGCAAGAGACCAUCCCCGACGAUUUGGGUGUCGCUGUCGAGAACGAUAAGACUGCUAAAUGGGCGCUGCUGGUUCGCCAUGUCAAGGUCUAUGGUGACGCCUCAAAGGUCCUUGCUGUGCACUCCAUCGUCGUGCAGAGCCCACUGCUGAAGAAGCUGCUUGGUGCUGUCUUGAAAGGCUACCCCGGCAUCACCGCUGGCCUGAAUCGCCUAGAGUUCUCCGGCAAGUUCGAACCACUCAUCCACCGAUGGGCAGAACUGCAGACUGCAAUUUCCAAGAUCGGUGACAAGACGGAGGAGGCGAAGACGACGAAGGAGCACGCGAACCUCCUGCUGGAUAUCGUCGUGAAGGAGUUCAAAGACCUUAUCGACACCUCCCAGGAUAUGAUUAACAAGCGAGUCAUGACUUACGAGCAUCUCUGGACCCUCUUCCAGCCGGGCUCGAUUCUCUUCACUCGCCAGGAUGGCCAAGAAACAGCGGUGCAGCUGCAGAGCACUCGCUACGGCCAGGACGCCGGAGGAAAUCCUGUCUUCUGGGUGGUUGGAAAGUACGUUGACUGGGAUGGGACCGCUUUUGGUACCGGCCUGCUCAACGUAUCGAUCUCGUACUAUACUGGCACUCGACCGAUAACUCAGCUCCGAGCUUUCCCGCUUGAUUACCACCCGAAGGUAGAGGAGGUCAAGGAGAGGCUCAUCGAGCGGGGAGCCAAGGUUGAAGAGCUGGCGGGCGUCAACUAUAAAGCUUAUGAUGGUCUUGCAUGGCAUUUUGGCGAGUUCGGCAACAAGGACAAGUACCACGUGAAAGGCCGAAUCGUGAUCGAUACCUAUGGCUGGAACCGCUUUGAUCCUGGUCACGCCAUAUAUACUACUCGUUUCUCGAACAAGAACCUAGUCGACUCUGAUAGUGAAGAAGAGGACGACGAGGAUCCAGAUCACGAGUCUGAGCCUGAAGACGACGACGACUUCAUCGAACCCGGUUAUAGCGACGGCAUGCCUCUGGACGGUCACUUCGCGGACGAGGAAGAUGCUGCCAAGCGACCCCCGCUGACGGACCAGCAGAAGCUAAUCUGUACACCCCUCUUACGAGGGUAUAGUCUGAAGACGAAGGUGUGGCUUAACUUCUUCGUCAACUGCGUAAAGGAGAUCGAGUGGCAGAAGGAUGCGUUUGACCGUCUAGUAUUGCCCAAGAACCAGAAGGAGCUCAUUCUUGGAUUCACGGAGUCGCAGCAGAAGCACCGAGCUGCAUUCGACGAUGUUAUCGAAGGCAAAGGUCGUGGAAUGAUCAUCUUGCUUUGCGGUCCUCCUGGCGUGGGAAAGACCCUUACCGCAGAGUCCGUUGCUGAGGAGAUGAAGGUUCCCCUGUACAUGAUGAGCGCCGGCGACUUGGGUCUUGAUCCACGCCGUAUCGAGUCGAAGCUGCAUGACAUCCUCGAGAUGUGUACGCGGUGGCACAGCGUCCUAUUGCUUGACGAGGCCGAUGUGUUCCUGGAAGAGCGCUCGCUACACGAGCUAGAGCGGAAUAAGCUUGUCUCUAUCUUCCUGCGAGUGCUGGAGUACUUCGAGGGCACCAUGUUCCUGACCACCAACCGCGUCAACACCUUCGAUCCCGCCUUUGCCUCCCGCAUCCACAUUUCGCUGAACUACAAGGAGCUCUCGAUCGCGUCGCGCCGCACCGUGUGGAAGAAUUUCCUCGAUAAUUCUGCCCAAGAGCACGUCAUCGACACCAAGCAGCUGGAUGAAUUGUCCCGCUUGGAUAUGAACGGCCGCCAAAUCAAGAACAUCCUCAAGAUCGCGCGCCUGCUCGCUACUCGCCAGGAUGCCAAGCUCAACCGUGAGCACAUCAUGACGACCUUGGAGGUGACGCAGCACUUGCACAACGAGAGCCAGCUCACCGAGCGCACAAAGGGAACGCUCUACGGUUAA